CUUUUCCCCAAUUGGAUUUCAUCAGUCACUCCGAGUUUGCGUUUACAAUUUGCAAUAAAACAGGUGGAAACUGCGUUUCUGACCCACUUUCCGUUUCCCUCCGCAAGCGUAGCAAAGAACAAAACAAAUUAGUAAAUGUAAUCUGCAGUGUGAAAGAAAAACAAAAAUGAAAGUGAAAACGUAUGGGUCAUUGUGAAAUCAUAAAUUCUCUGAAGUUCAUUGCUACGGCGUGUAAUAAAUGCCGAUGCAUGAGUGGACACCGCUCAGUUGGCUUCCUAUCGUUUGCUUACAGAACAUUUGGAAUUAAAGCGAAUAUGUCAACUUUCGGUGCAGAAUUUGAGGAGGUUUGGCCAAAACCGGGUGCAGUUAUAAAAUUAACCGAGUUUGGUACAAAAUUAUUACAAAAGUGUUUGAAGGUCGAAAAGCCGGAUGUGAGCCGUAUAGACAUUAAAAGCUUCAUCAAGAAGUCAUCUAACUUUCCCGUAGAGUUCGGCACCAAUACCUGUCGUGUAAUAAGCCAACCGAAAGAGCGUUAUCCGGAAAUCGAAAAGCAAAUCGCUUCUGCCUAUCCAAUAAUACAUGAACGAGUUUUGGCCUUGUAUCUAGCAUUCUUGGAACACAAAUGCAAAUAUGGAAAUAAACGCGAACUUGAGCUAUACCAAAAUUUGACACUCACCGAUUUUGUGCAACGCCUGCUGGCGAAGCGCUGCGUUAGCUUCUUUGGUAAAAACGAUAAAUAUCUUUUAUUAUCACGCCAUCGUGGCUGCAGUGGCUUCUUGGAUAUUGGCACGGAUGGCGAGAAACCACCGUUGCUGCUAGAAGACGUGCUCUGCUACGAUGAGAUCAAGCUCUCCGCAUUUCUUUCCGUAUCUUCACACACGGAGUUCCUCAAUGACGGCAAUCGACAGAAUUGUGGCGUCAUCGAACGCAAUAAAUCGCGCAUUGAAACGGACGGUGUCAUAAUUGGUCUAAUUGGCGCACGACUUGUGCGACGCGAUGUUAUGGAAUACCAGGAUAUCAUAAUUACCAGCAAACAAAAUACCAAAGAAAAUGGUUACGGUUUACCCAUCGAUGCGGAGACAAAUUCACGUCCGGCUGAUUACAGGCGCGUAUGGAAGCAAUUCUAUGAGGAGCGUGAUUAUCUGUAUGAACAGGUGACGCUUGAUGGCAAACGUUUUGGCAACGCGCGUGCACAAAAGGACAUAUUCGAUAAUGUGCUAAUGAAGAAACGUUAUACGAUCUCCUUUGAUACGUUGCUGCUGGAGAGCGAGGCACGCGCUGCAGCUGCGGGCAAGCAAGCUUUUAUACAUGUGGUUGGCAUUGGUUUGGGUGUAUGGCGCGCGGCCGAGCAACAAGAGAAAGUAUUUUUGGAAACCUUUGCGCAACGUUUGAAGCUGUUGUUGCCCAAAUUGUCGCAUAUCGGUGUGGUGCACUUCUCUUGGUUCAAACUGAGCGAAUGGGGCGAUCUGAAGCACGGUGGCAUUUAUAAGUCGCCCACACAUCCUGAUGGCGGUAUACGUACAUUUUUAUCAAAACGCAAUCCAGCAGAUAAGCUGGUGAGCAUAAAUAUGAAAUCCCCUGAGCUGGAGAAUAUGCUGCUUAUCGUCUCAUACGCCUGGGACGGCAAUGCUUUGCCAGGCAAUGAGUUUUGGAUGAAAAUGCUGAAGUCUACCGGCGAUUCUUCAACAGCUUGCAGCACGCUCGUAACCGAGCUGCAUAAUCCGCAUAUCAAUACGGAGCUGGUGAAUGGCGCUAAUUUACAUAUUGCCUCUGAGAAAUAUGGUGUUUUACAUAUAGCAGAUUAUAUUAAAAACAUAUUAGAAUGAGUGCGUGUGUCGGUGGAAAGUUUAACGACGCACUCAUUGUUGCUAUAUAAUUUUCUGACAGUUUUUAGUAAAACCUUAUUGUGCAAUAUUUUGUAAAAAAGUAUUAUUUAUUCACAUUGGAACUAUUUUUGAGUUAUUUGCAAUUAAAUAAAUGGUUUUUUUAACUGCCGUAGCAAA